CAUCAUAACUCACUUAAUACUACUACUACUACUACUUUGUUUUUUCCAAGCUUCAUCAAUCAUCUCUCAACAAAAUGGCUCAACAAAUCGCCCAGAAGCAAAUGAUUGAACAAUAUGGACCUUAUGGUUCUCAAUGCCCUGAAAACUACAGCUUUCAAAUUCAAGAAGGUGAAAGUAUCAAGGAAGUUAUAAUAAGGCAUGGGUUCAUUGUGGAUGCAAUUGGGUUCGUCGUAGCUAAGCCGUGUAGUGGAGGUACCUACACCAAGAUGUUUGGUGGCAAUUGUGGAAGCGAGUCCAAGAUUGUGCUCAAGUGCGGUGAAAAAAUAACUGGAAUUAGCGGUACCUACGGAAACUACAAAUAUCAACACAACCAAUGCGUAAUUGCUACAAUGAAGAUCCACACCAAUUUCUGUCCAACCGGGUAUGGACCAUUUGGACAAGGAAAGGGAAUUGAAUGCUCACCUAAAGAAUUCUCAACACCCAUGCCACUCGACGGCCCUAUCGUCGGAGUUUUUGGAAGGCACAACAACUAUCUCGAGUCUGUUGGAAUUUUCGUCAAGAAAAUGGAUUAUUGCCCAUGCGCCAAUGAAGUAUGAAGCUGAAGCUACCGUGAUAGCCUCUAGCCUAGCUUCACGGUUUUGCCUUGGAGUUUAUACGUUUCCAAUAAGUCACAUACACGUACUUUCUAGUACAAGGCGACCACUCAAGUGUGAUUAUUUGUCACCAAUAAUCUGCUUGAGUGAUUGUUGUAACAUUUUCUACUUUUAAUGUAUGAAUACUAUUUACAACUCUUGGUAUAUCAAUGUCUUAUUACACCAUCUCUAAAAGCUAAGGAAUUGGUAUACCAAUGUCUUAUACUUGGAGGUUAA